CUGAGACGUCGGCUCCCUCGGUAUCGUUCUAAUUGGUUCUACUUGCUGGCACGUCCCAGCUGCAUCCGCAAGGUGAGCUAUUUUCUAUCUCCAUGCCACUUUUGUCAGUCGUGAUUUCGUGUAGGAUUAGAUGUUGUGACACUUUCGUGCAUUUUUGACGCUCCGGUCAUGUUCAUUUUCGGUAAAAGCAGAAUUUGAAUUUCCCAUGGAUUUUUGGCCAGCCUCCUCACCAAUAAAUCGACUUCGUAAGGUUUUUCCCCCUAAUAUCAAUUAUAGACUACGUCUGCAUGCCAGAAGCAGUUUUUGAGUAGACUCGAUUUUUACUAGUUGUCCCACAAGAAUUCGAAACAAGAGUUGUCUUAAUGCAACAGCAAUGCUAAUAGCGAUAGCCAGUGCUGUCUAGUGAUGGCAGAUCACGAGCACACGGACCCUGCCGCGCACGAAGCGGGCCCAACCGUGACCGUGCACACGGCGGAUACGCCAGUGAACGGUUCGCGGCCGGGGAGUAAGUCGGGGUCCCCGUUUUCAGCCGAGAGUGUACUACUCCAGAGUCCGGCCACGCACGCCCGGCCGAGCCCAUUGGUAUCCCCGAUGGGCGACACCAUGUUUUCCCAGCUGGCGCAGCCGGCGACCCCGGUGAACCGCGUGUCGGCCACCGAGGCGCUCCGGAACCAAACCACCCUGUUCGGGAUGCCGGACCGCACGCUGCUCACCCUGCACAAGUUCAACCGGAACCCCACGCAGCGGUUUCAGAUGACGCUCACCCUGGCGGACAAUGGAAACCGCAGCACGGCCGGCGCCGAGGUCCACCUCGUUGUGGACUGCGACGAGGAGGGCAGUCCGGUGUCGCUGUUUUGCCAGCGGUUUAAAGAGCACUGCCUCAAGGUGCAUGAGCAGUACAGCAUCACGAAGCUGCAGCGCCGGCACUAUUUGCAAGGGCGCGCGCGGGACUGGGCUUUCGAGAACGACGUCACGCGCGAACGGCUGGUGCAGUUCUACGAGGCGAUGCGCAACGUGCCGAUCUCUGAAAUGAGUUUGGUCAACAACGACCACAACGACGGCCGGUUUCUGGACGUCGUCGAGAACGAAAUAAACCUGACGGUGUACGUGAAUGCAGGGAAAAAGGGGUCGUUACCCGGUGUCGUGGAUCCAAAUGAACCGGGCGUCCGCGCCGGUCACUUGCGCCUGCUUCUGUGUUUGUCCGCGAGCGACCGACUGUUGCACGGAAAGGAGCCCGGCGGCGGGGAAAAAAAGCCUGUCGCCAACAGCAGCUCUGAGGAGGAAGGGACGGAAAAGGAUUCGAACGAGGAUCAGGAGGACGACGAGGGACGGCAGGCUGACGCCGGUGGUGUGGAGGACUUCAACAAAGCUGCGGGCCGCGAUUCUGUCAUGCCCGGAUCGUCCUCUUUUUACACGCUAACUCCGGCGGAACAGGAGGCCAAAAGUGCGAUGUUUCGGCGCCUGGCGCGAGAACAGCGGGCCAUUCUGGAAGUCAUCAAGCGCAACGACGCGGGUCGCGGCAGAUUUGGAGAGCGCGAGUGGGCGGAGAAAGUGCGAGAUUUCCCGAGGAAGUACAACCGAGAGCCUUGGGACCAUAUUCGCGACUGGCUCGGGGAGAUAUGCGACGAGGGCGAUUUCUAUGCGGCGAAAGACAGAGCCUACGAAGAAAAGCUAGCGCGCAGGAUGGCAAGCGAAUGAAAUAAACGGUUUUCGAGUAGUUCUAGCAGACUACACGACUAGGGAGUAGACGUGUAUAAUGGGUAGGUACAGUAUCUGUCUUUGACGCGAAUAUGAGUUCGUCUUGGCACGUUGAAAAAUACUUGUGGGACGAAUACUUAAUGAUCGCCGUUUCGGUGAUACGCGUUUCCGUUUUCCGUACAAAUAUCAUUUCACUUUCUUCUAUGCUAGCGGAAGUGAUAUCAACUGCACGUCGGUGUAUGCGAAG